AUGCGCUGCUCGCGAGUUUGGCAGCCGAAACAAGACAACAGUGUGACGGUUCUGGGAAGUGUUGGGGGUGGGUGUUGUGUGAGUGCCUUAGAACCUGAAACUACUCCCAACCCUCAACCUUCAGAAGAGGAGAAAACUGAGCCAGCACCCAGUCAGGAGGUUGCCAGCCCUGAACAGUAUAUUAAGCAUCCACUACAAAACAGAUGGGCACUCUGGUUUUUUAAAAAUGACAAGAGCAAAACUUGGCAAGCAAAUCUUCGUCUUAUCUCAAAGUUUGAUACUGUUGAAGAUUUUUGGGCUUUAUACAACCAUAUCCAGCUCUCUAGUAAUUUAAUGCCUGGUUGUGACUACUCACUCUUUAAGGAUGGGAUUGAACCCAUGUGGGAAGAUGAAAAAAACAAGCGAGGAGGACGAUGGCUAAUUACACUAAACAAACAGCAGAGACGAAGUGACCUUGAUCGCUUCUGGCUAGAGACACUGCUGUGCCUUAUUGGGGAGUCAUUUGACUACAGUGAUGAUGUAUGUGGUGCUGUUGUUAAUGUUAGAACUAAAGGUGAUAAAAUAGCAAUAUGGACAACCGAAUGUGAAAACAGGGAUGCUGUUACACAUAUAGGGAGAGUAUACAAGGAAAGAUUAGGACUUCCUCCAAAGAUAGUGAUUGGUUACCAGUCCCAUGCAGACACAGCUACUAAGAGCGGCUCCACCACUAAAAAUAGGUUUGUUGUUUAAGAAGACACCUUCUGAGUAUUCUUUCAUAGGAGACUGCGUCAAGCAAUCGCGAUUUGGGAGCUGAACCAAAGCCUCUUCAAAAGCAGAGUGGACUACGUUUAAAUUUGAUUUCCAUCUAAAUGUUGCUAAGAUCUGUGAGAAGUCUCAUUUGCCUUUGUCUUGUACUUCUGUGUUCAAUUUUUUCUAUUUUGGCUGAAGUAACCAUCAACAGUCCGAAUUUUAGUACACCACCCCUCCCAACCCCCCAGAAUCCAUACAUGUUUUCCUGGCCCACUCUGUAAUAGCUUGGUAGAAACAUUACUAUUACAAAAAAAAAAAGAAAUGUUUAUCCACAGUAUUCAGAAAAGAAGUUGUAUUUCUGUACCUGCAGGAGAUUACUCUUACAUUUGCCUUGUCUGCAGUAACAUUUUGCUGGUUUGGAAUAGAGUAUGGUGCAUACAGUUUUCUAGCAAUUUUUUUCAUACAGCAUCUUUGCUGUAACCUAUGCUGAUGGCUGCUAGAUUAAUUUAUUUGUUUUCCCUAUUUGAUAACAUUAGUGAUAUUUUGAUUUCAGUUGUUUUUGCUCAUGUAACGUGGUGAAGAAUCUGAGAAUAUGACAAAGGUGGAAUAAACAUUAAUUUUGUGCA